GUCCUGGAGGAGGCUCAUGUGACGAGUGUGAGAAAUUGAAACAGCCUUUUUUCGCUCGCUUAAAAGGGGAUACAGCAGAGCAGCCCUGUUGAAAGAGUCAAGGAACAAAGAGGUCCAGGCAGGAGAACGGUUCUUGAACCUUGAAGAGAUCAGAAGUUGGACAGCAGCCGACUGCUGGAAAGACAUUCAGGAUGAAACUCUGGGCUUAUUUUUUCCUGGUUUAUGUGGUGGCUGUGACUGCACACUGGAAAAAGGACUCUACGCUGGAUAGACAUUGGGAGCUUUGGAAGGGAAAAUACAGCAAAGAAUACCCAAAUGAGAAAGAGGAAGGAGGCCGUCGUAUGAUUUGGGAGAAGAAUCUGCAGUUCAUCAUGUUGCACAACCUCGAACAUUCCCUGGGCUUGCAUUCUUAUGAGCUUGGCAUGAAUCAUCUAGGAGACAUGACCAGUGAGGAGGUGACCGCUCUGAUGACCGGGAUGAAAACAUCUCCCUCCCAAAACUUGAAUUCUACAUUAUACAGGCCAAGGCAAGGGGUCAGGGCCCCUGUUACUGUGGACUGGAGGGAGAAAGGAUGUGUCACAGAUGUUAAGAACCAGGGUUCGUGUGGCGCUUGUUGGGCCUUUAGUGCCGUGGGGGCCUUGGAAGGCCAGUUACAACUCAAAAUGGGAAAACUGGUGUCCCUGAGUCCACAAAAUCUCGUCGACUGCUCCUCUAUGUAUGGCAACCAUGGAUGUAACGGAGGCUACAUGACCGCCGCCUUCCAAUAUAUCAUAGAUAACAACGGUAUUGAUUCAGAAGCUUCCUACCCAUACACAGCCAAGGAAGGGACGUGCCACUAUGACGCUGGCGCACGGGCUGCUACUUGUUCUAGAUAUGUCAGCCUUCCCUCCGGAGACGAAGCUGCCCUGAAGGAUGCCGUAGCCAACGUCGGUCCUGUAUCGGCUGGCAUCGAUGCAGGCCAACCUUCCUUCUUUCUUUUUAAGAAAGGGGUAUACGAUGAUCCAAACUGCUCUUCUCGCAUAAAUCAUGGAGUCCUGGUAGUUGGGUACGGAACAGAAGAUGGCAAAGACUAUUGGCUUGUGAAAAACAGCUGGGGCGUAUAUUUUGGCGACCAAGGCUACAUUAAAAUUGCAAGGAACCAUGGGAACCGUUGCGGCAUUGCUAACCAGUGUUCCUACCCACAAAUAUAAGAGUGGAAUUCCACUUUGAAACGUCUCUCCUUCACUGGAAAUGGCCUAUUAGGCCCCUAAUCUUUAGGCUUUUCUAAAAACUGCUGCGUUAAAGGAGAACGAUUGGACUCUUGAGGGCAAAAUCUUCCUGUCAGCUCCACCUGGUAGAUCUGAGAAAAGGGACCAAAAUGGUGUUUUAUCUUGGUUUAACUCGGUAUUUUAUAGCCGUCCCAUGAGUCUUGGGAGGCUUAUUCGGUUAAUAAUGUAAUGGCUGCGGUUCGGCUUUGAACAACCAAAGCUUUACGUAAGCGCCAAAGAUUAUCGCUGUUGCCGCCUCAAAGCGUGUUGGAAUAAAAGUUAAAAUUUAGUUGAAAUAAAACCUUCAAAUAAAAUCACAGUAACUUCAAGAUGCUUGGAAUUACAAAAUAAAUCACUUCCGACAAGUUGCCUUUCUCUUCAGUUACUUUUCUUUAAAAUAAAGAACAAAAUAAACUGACAAGUUGCCUUUCUCUCAAGUUACUUUUUAAAAAGAAGGUUUAAAAGGAUAAGCAAUAGUGUUCUGGAAUUGGAAAGAGCAAACUAAACUACUUUCCACUG